CGUAAUCUUCGCGUGGGUAGAGAAUUCGAAACCCACCAUCGCCUUUCUUGGAACCGCCGGUCGUGUUCUGGGAUUUUUGAGACAGAUCAGGAAACUUCAGGAAUGGCAUCAAAACCAGUUGUUACACAGCAAGUUAGAGGUGCAGCAAUUGCCGGGGGAGGAGGCAAACAGAAGAUUCCUUUGGGCAUAAGAAAUAACCGGAAAGCACUUGAAGAUAUUGGGAAUUUGGUUACUGUUCCAGUCAUCGAUGGGAAACCAAAGCAAGAGUUCUCCCGUCCCCUAACGAGGAGUUUUUGUGCACAAUUGCUUGCAAAUGCACAACCUGAUGCAGCAGAGAAUAUUAAGAAACCAGCUGCAAAAGUUGUUAAUGGAGCAGUGGAGAAGAAAGGAGCUGUGCCAGCAAAGCCAGCUCGGAAGAAGGUCAAUACAAAGCCAAAGCCUGAUAUAGCAAGGGAGGUAAGCCCAGAGCACAAAGAAGAUACAAGAAAGGAGAAAAUUGCAAGCCAGAAAACAUCAAGGCGUAAAGCUCAGACCCUCACAGCAAUCCUAACAGCUCGAAGCAAGGCUGCUUGUGGUCUAGUCAAUAAAUCGAGUGAUCCCAUUAUCAACAUUGACACAGCAGAUGUAGACAAUCAUCUAGCAAUGGUUGACUAUGUGGAAGAUCUAUACAAGUUUUACAAGCUUGAGGAGAAUUCAAGUCACAUUCAAGAUUACAUGGGCAUGCAACCUGAUAUUAAUGAGAAAAUGAGAGCCAUUAUUGUGGACUGGUUGAUAGAAGUUCACUGCAAAUUUGAACUUAGACCAGAAACUCUUUAUCUCACUAUCAAUACAGUUGAUCGAUUUCUUUCCAAGAAAGUAAUCCCAAGGAGGGAACUGCAGUUAGUUGGAAUAGGUGCCAUGCUUAUAGCCAGCAAAUACGAGGAACUAUGGGCUCCAGAGGUAGCCGACUUUGUCAGCAUUUCAGACAUGGCAUACACUGGAGAACAGAUUUUGGCCAUGGAGAAGGCAAUCUUAGGAAAGCUAGAAUGGAACUUAACAGUGCCUACACCAUAUGUGUUUCUUGUUCGUUUUAUUAAGGCUGCUAUGGCUGAUCAAAAGGAGAUUCAGAUAGAGAAUUUGGCCUUCUUUAUGGCAGAGAUAGGUCUGAUGAAUUAUGUAGCAAUAAUGUAUUGUCCAUCCAUGCUGGCUGCUUCAGCAGUUUAUGCUGCAAGAUGCACCCUGAACAAAAGCCCCUUUUGGAAUGAAACUCUCAAAUUCCACUCUGGAUUCUCUGAAACACAAUUGAUGGAUUGUGCUAAGCUCUUGGCAAAAUUCCACUCAGUCGCCCUAGAAAGCAAGUUAAAGGGAGCUUACAAGAAAUAUUCAAAUCCUGAUUAUGGUGCUGUUGCUUUACUUCCUCCAGCCAAAAUCCUUUUGACUGGAUGAUCAAGUCAGAAUCUUAGUUCACCAUUGUUAAAAAAUACUUCAUUAGCAGAACGAAAAAAAUAUUU